AUGAAAGUCCGCUCGCAGAUGGUAGCCCCAUCCGCUCGUGUUAGACGGUACCGCUUCGGCGAUGGGCAGAAGGUGAUGAGAAGAUACCUUGGCUUGCUGGACAAUGCGGCUGAGCCAGACGACAUCGCAACAUCGGCCCAGAUUCGUGGACCCCCAACAUCAACAGCUAGCCACGAAAAGCCACCAACGCUGUCCCACGAGACCGUCAUUCUGCGUGAAUUGUAUGUAGCAAACAAGCUGCACCACCGUAACGGGCGGGCAACCAUCAACACGGCACAGCAUCGCAACACCAACACCAGCGAAACUGACAAAAGCCGUAGUACGGCGUAA